AUGAAAAACAAUUACGAUAGAAAUGUCCAAUGUCCUCCCAACCUCUUUCUCUUUCUCUCUCUAUUUCUCUCUUUCUCUAUCUACCUCUUUCUCUGUUUCUCUCUCUCUCUCUCUCUCUUUCUAUCUUUCUGUCUCACUCUCUCUUUCUGUCUUUCUCUCUCUUUCUCUUUCUUUCUCUUUUUCUUUCUCUCUUUCUCUUUUUAUCUCUUUCUCUCUCUUUCUAUCUUUCUGUCUUUCUCUGUCUCUUUCUCUCUCUCUCUCUCUCUCUUUCUAUCUUUCUGUCUUUCUCUCUCUUUCUUUCUCUCUCUUUCUUUCUCUCUCUUUCUUUCUCUCUUUCUCUCACUUUCUUUCUCUCUCUUUCUAUCUUUCUGUCCUUCUCUCUCUCUCUCUUUCUCUCUCUCUCUUUUUCUAUUUCUUUUUCUUUAUUUCUUUUUCCUUUUCUUUAUUUUUUUCUUUGAUUUCUUGGCUUUUCUUUUUCUUUUUUAUUUCUUUAUUUUAUUCGUUCUUCCUUUAUUUCUUAUCAUCUCUACUUUUUUUCUCUCUAUUUAUUACUUCCUUCUUUCUUCUUUCCGUUCUUUUCUCUCUUCUGAUCAUUUUCCCAUUUUUUUCAUAAUUUGUUUCAUUCUUAUUCGUUUUUUUUCUUUUUUCUGUCUUUAA